GCGCCCCAAUAACAGGGAAUACCGCAAUGUCUUUCUUCUAUUCGUCGCACUUGACAGGCUAUCGCAAGGGUUGCAUUCUCAGAAUGACCCACGACGGUGAGCAGAAGCUUACAAUAGACGGGCCUUAGGCAAGUAUGUUCUCUUAAUAUUCCAGAGGUAAUGUUUACAGGCCAGCUUGUGCUUCCUAGUUCACUGACAGUCAAAGUCGGAAAUUGAUAGCUGCCUGCUGUCUCGUCGCUGGGGAUCCACCUAUGCAAAUGACUUGUUGCGAAUGAUAUACGUUGGACGUGGUCGUCAAACUACCCACUCGGUUACUCCGUACAUUCUGGCGCGUUCAGUUACGCGUAAGGCCGCCAGCUUUGAUGAACAGCGCGGACAAGAUGAUAAUUCCUCUUUGGACAAGGUUAUAUACAUAAUAGCCUUUGCCCGACUGUCCUUGCGAGUUGCUAUUGGAGAAGCGUCAGCAAACCCCCUCACUUGCGGCCAUCAGCAGGAAAGUGGGCCCAUACUGCUUAGCACUGCACAUAUUUCUUCUCCUCCGAGAGUGCAUACAUACUGUGUAGGUAUACAUUCACCAUGGGUUCCACUUCGUGGGAUAUGGAGAACGCUAGCAGCGUCAAGAUGGAGAGGAGAUGAUCCCCCUUCAGCAGUCAGUGCAGACUUCGUAGUCUACUGGAGCAGCGCACGCAAUAACGUUAAGAUGAAUAAAUUCCGACCCAUGAAGGCACCCCAGCCGCUUACCUUAACAGGUGGGGAUCUGACACCGCAUGAAAGGAAAACGCACAGGUACAUGUAUAACCAAUCAACCACCGCGCUAAGAAUUCGCAUCUCUACGACGUUCAACAGUUUAUAUCUGAGCGCAGGCACGGUGUCUUUUCCAGCAUAAACCUCACCUCCACCAUCAUGGCGGAAAUCCUCCGCUCAGUCGCUCAACUAAUUCACACCACCUAUGCCCCUGUGGCCCUGGGACUGCUCUCACACUUGGUCCUCAACAAUGGUGAAUGGGACCACAAGUCGCAUAUCCUGAGCUCAGCAUGGGCAACUGCGUUUGCAGUCGUGGCCACAAUCGACUACCUUGCAAAUCCACUCGGUCAAUCAAUUUCCGGAGCUGUCGCGGUAGCUG